AUGUGUGAAGAAACGUUCCGCGAGACAUGUCAAUUAUUUGCGGACAGAUGUCGUCCAGUGUUUCUGAGGGAUAAGAUAUGUGAAAAAUUCAGGUUUCAUAAGAAGGUAGUAGUAGUAGUAAUAACAGUAGUAGUAGUUGUAGUUCUGGUAAUACUUAGUGAUAGUAGGGUUAGUAGUAGAUCAUUACAGCACCCCAAAGCCGAGAGCAUUCGCGAGGAUAACAAGGCCCAGCAAAUCGUCAGAAUCCCUGUCGGCGAAGUAGAGAAGCAAAGACAAAUUUGA